ACGCCUAAGGAAACUCCUGUGUCAGAUCCCUGUGUCAGUCGCUCGGGUGCCCCAAGGGAUGAUGCAGCUGCUCAGGGAUGGGGGACCCUGUGAGACCGUGCAGAUGCUGUUGGGCUACAACUCAGCCUGACCACUGUUGUCCACGCACUGGUAACCCCCAGGCUGGAUUACUGUAAUGCGCUCUAUGUGGGGCUGCCCUUGAGGUUGGUCCGGAAGCGGCAGCUGAUGCAAAAUGCGGCGUCGAGACUGCUCACUGGGGCAGGGUAUCGCCAACAUGUCACCCCACUGCUGAAAGAAUUGCACUGGCCGCCGGGCCAAGUUCAAGGUUCUAGUUUUGGUGUCCAAAGCCCUAUACAGCUUGGGACCAGGAUACCUGAAAGACCGUCUUACCCCUCAUAUACCCAGUCGAUCACUGUGCUCUGCAGAAAUUUGAUCACAGCGAGGCAAGACAUGGGACCAGUAAACAGCAGGAGAGUUUCCGUGGACGUCCCAUGCUUGGUGGAUUUGAACCCAUUGCCUGAUGAACUCCUGAUGCUGAUCCUGAGCUGGGUGCCUGGCCGGACCCUUGUGACCCGUUGCCGCCUGGUGUGCCACAGGUGGAGGGACCUAAUUGACAGGCCCACCGUCUGGAAGCUUCGGUGGGAGCGGGACCCAUCUCGGCGGGGUCUUCUUGAGGCUGCCGUUAAGGUUGCCAAAUGCUGUCCCCGAAUGGAGUGGAGCAAAGUUGGCGUCCUGCAGCCCUUUGGGAGGAACCUUAUCAAGAAUCCCUGUGGCAAAGAGCAGUUCCGAUACUGGGAGGUCCACCAUAGAGGCAAUGGGUGGAAAGUGGAAGAGAACAGAGACCACGUGGAAGGAGCAGAGGCCCAGACAUGCUUCGCCUCUUCAUACAGCUGGUGUGAAAAAUCGCAGCUAGUUGAUUUGCUGAAGGAAGGUUUGUGGGAGGAUCUCUUGGAUAACUACCAACCCAAUAUUUUUAUCUCUGACUGGUGGGGUGCCCGUGAGGAUUGUGGCUGCAGAUACAGAAUCCAUGUUGUCCUCCUGGCAGCCAAUAGGACAGUGAUUACUGAUUUUGAGGCUGAGCCGGAUCCCAUUCCACAGUGGAGCGACACCAAAUAUCAAAAGGUAUCUCAUGUGUUUAGGAGUUAUGGCCCUGGAGUUCGCUACAUACGUUUCUCACAUGAAGGGAUGGACACACAAUUCUGGGCAGGACAUUAUGGGGCUCGCAUCACAAAUUCCACAGUCCUGGUAAAAUUCUCCCAGGAGCCUCUGUGAUAAACUUUCAGGAUGGUGGUUUCACUGCUGCCAACUCCUGUUUCAUUGGUUCUUUCCAGGUCAAUCUCUUCCAGAUAGAAAACAUUAAUUUUGUCUUGGAUUUAAUAUUUCUGAGGUGGUGAUAGGGUGACAUUCGUGGCGUAGAAAUGAGAGCUUUGAGGUACAAGGAACCUGAAAAUUAUUUUUGUUUACACAAAAUUAAAGAACCACUAGAUUUCUUUACCAUAACAUCAAUUAAUCCAUCCUUAACACGUUCGUUUGGGAGUGCAAAACUGAAGCUCAUGAGAGAUCUGGAACAAAUAUUUGGAUGGUUCCUUGAAAUUGUUGAGUGAAUUUCUGCUUCCAGCAAGCAGCGUCUUCCAGAUUCUUUGCCUGGCCACCCUCUUUCAAUCAACAGCAUGUCAACAGCAUGUCCAAAAAAAUUAAAACAUUUGUCUUUA